UCAACAGUAAAACAGGAGAAAGUAGUAAAUUAUUACUAUAUUACUGUGCCAUAGUAAAAUACAUGUACCUAUUUUUUUUAUCAGUUGACCAGCUAUCUGCCCAAUCAGGUAUCUAGGUGACAGUUUAUAGUUCUUGAGAGUAUGUACCUCUCAUUGCAUGGCACAGCGCACAGACCUGCCCCUCACUGACUGCACCUGUACUGUCUGCCGGCGGCCCUUUGAGCGCGCGAUCAGAAAAAAAAGACGCAAUCUGGCCGACCAUCAGCAACGCGAUGCCUCUCCUAUGGACACUAAGACCACGUCCACCCCUGCCACCCCCAUCCCCGUUGGGCAAGGCUCGAAAUUAUCACUUGAUGGUGCUAUGUGAACACUCUCGCCAUUUACGGCGGCGCCAUUGCGCAUGCAAAGAUGUACCAGGAGAUGCGCGAUCAUUAGAUGGCCGAUCGUCAUUUCCAAAGGCAAAUAUUCCCCUUCAGAGUCAGAAUAGGCGAAUAACAUUUGCAACACGUCCUCACAGUACAACUUUUUAUUAGCCAUUUGGCGAUUUUCUCUCACAAAUCUCACAAUUUACUCAGACGCUAAGAACUGAACUGCUUCCGCAUCAAUGACACGAUAGCUCACUUGCUCUGCUAUUUCCUCGAACAAUUUUGGUCUAGAAUCGAAGUACUACAUGUCUGCCAUCUAGUGGUAGGGAAUACAAAUCAGAUACUACACCAUAUUAGGAACUACAGUCUGUUUAAUGAAGUAUGAUGUCUUGUCGCAAUUUUGCGACUUUGGCGCUUAGAGGGUUAAUUACAGUAAGUUAAGUCUAAGUGGACGUCCAUGACAUGCAGAGUCCCACAAGGCUCAAUUCUUGCACCGCUCUUGUUUAGCCUGUAUAUGCUCCCACUAAGUCAAAUAAUGAGAAGGAACCAAAUUGCCUAUCACAGCUAUGCUGAUGAUACGCAGAUUUACCUAGCCUUAUCUCCAAAUGACUACAGCCCCAUUGACUCCCUCUGCCAAUGCACUGAUGAAAUAAACUGUUGGAUGUCCCAGAACUUUCUUCAGUUAAAUAAGGAGAAAACUGAAGUCAUUGCAUUUGGAAACAAAGAUGAAGUUCUCAAGGUGAAUGCAUACCUCGACUCUAGGGGUCAAUCAACUAAAAACCAAGUCAAAAAUCUUGGGGUGUUUCUGGAGACAGACCUUAGUUUUAGUAGUCAUGUCAAAGCAGUAACUAAAUCAGCAUACUAUCAUCUCAAAAACAUUGCAAGAAUUAGAUGUUUUGUUUCCAGUCAAGACUUGGAGAAACUGGUUCAUGCCUUUAUCACCAGCAGGGUGGAUUAUUGUAAUGGUCUCCUCACCGGCCUUCCAAAGAAGACCAUUAGACAGCUGCAGCUCAUCCAGAACACUGCUGCCAGGAUUCUGACUAGAACCAGAAAAUUUGAGCAUAUUACACCAGUCCUCAGGUCCUUACACUGGCUUCCGGUUACAUUUAGGAUUGAUUUUAAAGUACUUUUACUCGUUUAUAAAUCUCUAAAUGGCCUAGGACCUAAAUACAUUGCAGAUAUGCUCACUGAAUAUAAACCUAACAGACCACUCAGAUCAUUAGGAUCGAGUCAGUUAGAAAUACCAAGGGUUCACACAAAACAAGGGGAGUCUGCUUUUAGCUAUUAUGCUGCCCGCAGUUGGAACCAGCUUCCAGAAGAGAUCAGAAGAGCCACUUUUAAAUCCAGACUCAAAACUCAUCUGUUUAGCUGUGCAUUUGUUGAAUGAGCACUGUGCUACGUCCGAACUGAUUGCACUAUGUAUAAUCACUUUCUAUUCUUAAAUGUUUUAAAUUCUUUUAAAAUCAAUUUUUAAAUCACUUUGUUUUUAUUGUUGUGAUUUUUAUUAUUUUUAAUAAUGACUAUUUCACUUCCUUUUAUGUAAAGCACUUUGAAUUACCAUUGUGUAUGAAAUGUGCUAUAUAAAUAAACUUGCCUUGCCUUGCCUAAGUUUUAGUAAUUAGUUAAUUUACAACCCUUCAGAUAUUGCACAGAGAACUGCCAGAGGCCUGUCUGUGGCCUUCGAUACAGUAAAUACAUAGUAUAAAACUAACAAAAUAUAUGAAUUAUCCUAAGCAAAUGUCACACGUGCCCUGUUAUGUAUGUGAACUUUUAUGUUUCUUCCUGUCUGGUGUCUUUGUAGUCAGUUUGUAGUUCUUUUGGCUUCCCUCAAUUCUCCCUGAUUGUCUCCAGGGUUAUUAAUGAAUUCUGCACAUGGAUCUUACUCUCCCUCAUGUCUGAAGCUCAUCUACAUUACAUGAAAUAAGUGACACACAGCCCAGGCAGAAGUGCAGCCAAUAAAAUCCCAAGUACGUCCGUCAUGACCUCAGAAAUAAGAAUAAAGCAUUUUAUGUCAGCAUAUGACGAAAUUACUUUGUUUUAUGAUAGAAAAAUGAGCCCGGUCUCAUGAAAAUGCGUAUAAAUGGUACGAACGUGUUUGGCGUGCAUAUAAAACGUUUUCGCAUGCAUAUGAUAGCAAAUUUGUUGGCGUGCAUAUGAUAUGCAUCUACCUCACAACCCUAAUCCUACCCAUCGCGUAGCACAUACACGCCAAAGUCUAUUUUUGCGUAUCAAUACCACGAGUUUUUGUUUUUAUUUGGCGUACUAUUUAUAUGCACUUUCAUGAGAUCGGGUUGGAAAAACAGAUUAUUAGUCCUAAUGUUAUAGCAGAAUUCCAUCAGUUCUACAUGAUUUACAAUAGAAAUGUCCCUUUGCUGCUUGUUAUCAGUCAGAUUUUAGUAAUAAUAUAUCAGCUUUCCACCUUGAGAAUAGGCACUAUCUGUUUUUUUAGUAUCCAGGUUGGCGCUGUCGUUUCACUUACAGUAAGGACUGCAGCAUGAUCCUUACCUGUUUCUUCUUGAGGUUAUAGUUUAACCUCAGAUUAUAAUGACUUGAAUGAGUGGAGUAAUCUCUUUCUGUAUAUGGUUUCUUCUGUGCUCUUUUAUGCACACGUGUGUGUUUGUUUGUGUGGAGUGUGUAUUGCAAUAUAAGAGCUGCUUUUGAAUGACUGGGCUGAACUGACUAAUCUUCUAAAUAAAUAUUGGAGAAUAAUACUCACUUCUGUUUCACCUUCAGAUUUAAGAAAGACUUUUUUUUAAUCUUUUAUAAAUGCAAGUUAAGAAAAUAGCUUAAGUCAUUUCUGCAUCCUGUCUUCUUUUUAUCUGCACAAGCAGCAUCUGUCAUUUCCACAAACAGUAGUGACAUAUCCAAAUAUAAAAGUGCCAAUUGUUCGUAGAACCUUAAAUAUGAUUAUUCUCGAAGGACAUUUAAUUCCCAUAUGCUAUACUGGAGAAAUAUAAGCUCCCAGUAUAAGCUGAUAUAAGCAGCUUGAGUAUAAAUGAAAUAAAUAAAAUGCAUUUUCUUACAGUUUUUCUUAGUUACUUUGGUACAUUUCUCCAAUCGUCCUUAACAU